CAUUCAUUCAGCACUCACUGCCACCUUUAAACAGAUGUACUCUGUCCGCUUAUCUGRUAGUGUCAAUASCCGAUACCUUGCUCACUUCACUUCGUCUCCAGCACCAUGCUCAGGAUGCUACAGAAACUCCAGCUCCAACCGGGGAUUCUUCUACUAUUGAUAUGGCUCUGUCAUUUCAUGGAAGAUCAAAAAGUACAAGCUGGUAACUGCUGGUUACAGCAGGGGAAGAACGGGAGGUGUCAGGUGCUCUACGUACCGGGGAUGAGCCGAGAGGAGUGCUGUAGAAGCGGGAGGCUGGGGACGUCAUGGACCGAGGAGGAUGUACCCAACAGCACCUUGUUCCGGUGGAUGAUCUUUAACGGCGGAGCCCCCAACUGCAUACCCUGCAAAGAAACGUGCGACAACGUGGACUGUGGACCUGGAAAGAGAUGCAAGAUGAACAGGAGAAGCAAGCCACGCUGCGUCUGCGCGCCAGACUGCUCCAACGUCACUUGGAAAGGACCUGUCUGCGGAUCGGAUGGAAAGACGUACAAAGACGAGUGUGCGUUGCUCAAGUCCAAAUGUAAAGUCCARCUGGACCUGGAAGUGCAGUACCAGGGCAAAUGCAAGAAGACKUGCCGUGACGUGUUAUGCCCGGGAAGCUCCACGUGCGUCGUUGACCAGACGAAUAACGCAUAUUGUGUGAUGUGUAAUCGGAUCUGCCCUGAACAGAGGUCACCGGAUCAGUUCCUGUGUGGCAACGACGGGAUCAUCUAUGCCAGCGCGUGCCAUCUGAGGAGGGCCACAUGUCUCCUGGGCAGAUCCAUAGGAGUAGCAUAUCAGGGGAGAUGCAUCAAGGCCAAGUCGUGCSAYGACAUCCAGUGCAGRGCYGGGAAGAAGUGUCUAUGGGAUGCCAGGAUGAGCCGAGGCCGCUGCUCCCUCUGUGACGAGGCGUGUCCGGAGAGCCGGAUGGACGAGGCGGUGUGCGCCAGCGACAACACCACCUACCCCUCAGAGUGUGCUAUGAAGCAGACUGCCUGCUCACUGGGAACGCUCCUGGAGGUUAAGCAUUCAGGAUCUUGCAACUGAUUCUGCUGCCAAAAAAAGACCUGAACCAUUCAACCCUCAGAUCGCCCUGCCCCCCCCCCUCCCCCAUCCCCAUCCUGCGUCACCCGCUGCUCUGCUGUUAUGGCCCUGACUUUCUAGACCUAGAUUAUGUAAACCAUGUUUCAUCAUUAUGGGAUGGAUGACUCAGUGCCAAGUCCCCUCUCUGCCCUGAAACAUAACAGCACCACAUGGCUAUACUGGGGCUUCGUGGAGGAAUAUGGGGCUUUUGAGAACGUUCAGGAAAUACUCUACUGCUACAUUGCUGUUGUGGUCCAUAUUUAUACAACAGCUACCAUAUAUUCUCCCAUCUAGCCAUUACAGAAGCCCCGGAGGAAGAGGAGGAGGAGGAGGAGGAGGAGGAGCAGGAAGAUCAGGACUACACGAUUUAUAUCCACCUGUCCUCCUUAUU